AUGGGCCGCUUGCCACACCCACUGCCGGAGAAGCUCCCUUCGGUAGAAGAAUGCAUGCCAAAGAGCCUCGACUUGUUUUACGGAGGAGAAUGGCACGCCCCGGAAGAUGGCGAGUACCGCGAAACCGUGAAUGCCGGGCGAGGAACUAUCGUUGCCAAGGUCGCGUUUGCAGGUGUCAAGGACACUGUUGCGGCUCUGGAGGUUGCUCAAUUGGCGUUCCCUGCUUGGAGAGCCGUGGAGCCAUUGGAACGAGGCAAGCUUUUGAGGAAGGCCGCGCAAGUUUUGCGCGAAAAUGCUGUGGAGCUCGCCAUGCUCGAUGCACUCAACAUUGGCAGCCCCAUCACCAUCAUGGCGGGAGAUGCGCACAUGGCCGCCGAUACGAUCGAUUUCUUUGCUGGAAUGAUACCCGCGGUCGUGGGUGAAACGAGACAUCUUGGAGAUGACACCUUCAACUACACGCUACGAGAGCCGUUGGGCGUUGUGGCGCGUAUCGUUGCAUCGAACCACCCUUUGAUGUUUACGGCCUUCAAAUUAGCUGCCCCCCUGGCGAUGGGGAACACGGUGGUCAUUAAAUCGCCGGAGCAGGCACCCCUUUCAGCCAUGCGCAUGAUGGAACUCAUUGGAAAUAUCUUUCCACCGGGAGUCCUGAACGUCCUUUCUGGGGGCAUAGACUGUGGCAAGACGCUCGCCAGCCAUCUAAUCGUCCGCAAGAUCACUUUGGUCGGGAGCUUACCCACCGGCCGGGCAAUACAGAGGGCGGCCGCUGACACGCUCAAGCUGACUUCAUUUGAGCUGGGGGGAAAGAAUGCUUUGAUCGCCUAUCCCGAUGCAGACCUGGAUAAGCUGGUCGACGGCGUUGUUUCAGGCAUGAAUUGGAGUUGGUGCGGCCAGUCCUGCGGCUCGACGUCUCGCGUGUUUCUGCACACCUCCCAUCACGACAUGGUCCUGGCAUUAGUGGCGGAUAAGUUGUCUCGAUCUUACCGGCCCGGGAAUCCUCUGGACCCGGCCACCACCAUGGGUUCGCUUGUAAGCAAAGCUGCGCAGGAUCGCGUUCUCCAUUACAUCAGCCUCGGUCAACAGGAAGGUGCGCGUCUCGUCAUGGGUGGGAAAGUGCCGAGCACAGAAGACACGAAAGGGGGAUUUUUCGUGGAACCGACAGUGUUCGCCGAUGUCAAGCAAACCAUGCGCAUUGCAAUGGAAGAGAUCUUUGGCCCUGUCAUGUCAGUCAUCAAAUGGGACGACGAGGAUGCCUUAUUUGCACAGGUCAAUGCCGUUGAGUACGGAUUGACCGGAGCUGUCUAUACGUCCGACAUGGUCACGGCACAGAAAGCGGUUCGACGCAUUCAAGCCGGCACUGUAUGGGUCAACACUGUCGGCACUCACUUCUUGACGAUGCCUUUCGGCGGCUACAAACAGUCUGGCACCGGAAGGGACGAUUGUUUCGAGGAAAUGAUGGAAAUGACUCAGAUCAAGGCCGUUCACGUCAAGCUAUAACUACCAAGUACAUACGAGAUAGCUACCAAGCAAGUGUCGACCCAAAAAAGGGCAGAUCUGGGGUCUGUCAGCCCUUGAU